AUGGAACGUCAACAGAGUCGCUUAUUUGUACCAUACAAGGCACUCGGUGAAGUUUGUUCAUCUGUUCCACCAGCUUUUCGGGUACUUCGAAGAAAACGGAAUGAAAGUUACGUCAUUUGUGCUGUCGACAACGUUGUUAUACAAUAUCUCUGUGAAAAUUUGCGUGUGAUAUCAGUGAGUAAUGUUCUACCGGCUAGAAUUAGCGUAGUUGCUGCCGAUUCUCACUAUAUUUAUGCUGCCAUUGACACAAGAAUAGCCGUUUUGUAUUUAGCCAGGCAAGUUAAACGAUGGCUAGAAGUAUCUGAUAACAUACGUUGGCUUAUUCCGUUUGGCGACGUUCUAGUGGUUGUGGACGCAAAGAGUUCGAUUCAUGUGAUGGAUGUUGAAACUGGUGACGAAUUGGUGUUGAUUGAAACAUCCGGACAGUUCGAUUGUUCAGCAAUUACUCAUCCAGCUACUUAUCUUAACAAGGUGCUACUGGGAUCCAGACAAGGGACUUUACGUCUUAUUAAUUUCAAAACUGGCAAACUAAUUCAUGAGUUUGAAAAAAUGUUCGAGUCGGAAAUAAUAGUUCUGGAGCAAUCACCGGCCAUAGAUAUCGUCGCUGUUGGAUUAAGAAAUGGUCAGAUUAUAUUGCAUAAUAUUAAAUCUGACGAAACGUUGCAAAUGUAUAUGCAAGAUGCACCAGUAACAUCAAUUGCAUUCAGAACCGACGGUGAGGAAACAAUGACUACAGCAUCAGAAAAUGGAACAUUGGCAGUUUGGAAUUUAAACAAACGUUCCUUGUUGGGACAGUUGCCCGAUGCACAUCAUGGCUCAAUUACAGGAAUAUAUUACGUUAAUGGCGAGCCGUUGAUGAUUUCAGCAGGAGUUGAUAACACGUUAAAAACUUGGAUUAGUGACAUGGGCGAUGGCAUGCUCAGACAGUUGGUUUUGCUUGAUGGACAUUAUAAACCGGUUACUGCGGUAAAAUUUAUCGACAACGAAAUUAUCCUUUCAUCUGGUUUGGAUGGUUCUGUAAGGGCAUACUCAGUAUCUCGUGAUACACAUAGACAGAAAUUAGGAAAUGCUGGUACCAUGUCCAGAAUGAAAGCGAAAAAGAAAAAACGUGAUAUCGAGAGCAUCAAAUUGAAACCGGUGAUUGAAAUGGACGUGAAAUUAACGCGGGAAGCAGCUUGGGAUAAUGUCAUGUGCCGUCAUAUUGAUACAGCCCCAGUGACAACAUGGACCACAAGAAAGCAAGCUUUGGGGACAUAUCGCUUGCUUCAUAAGAGAUUUGUAACUAAACCACAUCUCGUAUCUGCUUGCGCAUCAGCAAUUUGCGUCUCAUCGUGUGGCAAUUUCGGUGUAAUUGGGUACACGUCUGGUCACAUUGACUGCUUUAACUUGCAGAGUGGACAGCACAGGAAAACUUUCCUUUGCAGUAAACAAGAUGAAAAAGCUCAUCAGUCUGCUAUUCGAGGAUUGGCACUUGACAUACUCAAUAGGCAGCUCGUCUCAGCCGAACAGAAUGGACUGAUUCGAUUUUGGAAUUUUCGUAACACGAAAUUAUUAGCCGAAAUGAAAGUUCCAUCACCGGUUAUACGAUUUUGCAUGAGUGGCAAUAACUCAUUGUUGGCUCUUGGUGUAGGAAAUGGUUCAAUUGGUGUGAUAGAUAUUUUGUGCCGAAAAGUUGUUAGAAUUGUGAAUGGUGCCCAUCGAUCAUCCUUUACUUCUUUGGGAUUUUCACCUGAUGGUAAAUGGCUUGUCAGCGCUGACGAUGAGGGUUUCAUUAAAAUUUGGGAUCUUGUUACGAAUAGCCUGAUUGAUGUUAUGAAGUUUGAGUCGCAUUGUAUAUCGUUUUGUUUUUCAUCAAGUGGAGAAUAUUUGGCUACAUGUCAUCAUGAGCGAAGGAGCAUAUACAUCUGGGCCAAUAAAGCAUGGUUUACCUCUUUGAAUGCUUUGAAAGCGCUGCCGUUGGAUUACGUUCCCGAGGAUUCUUUAGCUCUACCCGUGCAAAAAUGUUUAUCACAAAGCUUUAUCGGUAGUGAAGUGCAAUGUUCAGUAGAAGGAACUGAAGUGCCUAUGGAAAUUGCGUGCGAAAAUAUACCGGAAGUGAAGCAGGUUGAAAGUCUUGUAACUUUGUCGGGUUUGGCGCCUUCACGUUGGGUGAAUUUGCCAGAUUUGGAUGUAAUUCGAGAACGAAAUAAACCAAUCGAACCACCGCGGAAACCAAAAGCUGCACCAUUUUUCUUACCCGCGGUCUCAACACUUGAUGGUUUCGAGUUUGAAAAGAUGAACACUGGUACUGAUGAAAUAGAGCGACGCAAUGUAUUAAUGGCGAAACGAAAUGUGUUGGAGAUUGAAUCUUCUUUCGCGCAAACAUUAUUACAGGCUUCAGAUGACGCUGACUUCAUCAGUGCAUUUGAAUCAUUGAAAUGGAUGAGUAUCUCCGCGAUAGACUUUCAAAUUCACAUAUUGCCGGAAAGAGCUCUAAGCAGUUUCUUGAAAAUGCUUCUCGCAGUUCUAAGGAGUCAUCGCGAUUUUGAACUUGUCCAAGCCUACUUAGCUGCUUUCCUGAAAAUCAAUCGGAACAAGUUGUGGAGUAGCUGUAUUAAGAAUGAUGAUUUGAAUAGAACAUUGGGCAAAUUAAAUGAUGAACUGAAGAAGAGUUGGGAGGAAAUUGAUCGAUUGAUGCUUCACAAUGCUUCUUUGCUGCAAUGGAUAAAAACGGCUCUAUUGUAG